GUUUGCAGCAGUUUCAAACCGGAUUCAGGCUUCAUCUGCAGACACACGUUGGUGUGAAUAAUGGAAAAGUGACUAUAAUGAAUCUACCAGCAUCAUUUAGACAUCAUGCACCCAGAUGCUUGCGUCGGGCAGAAUGGAGCAGAGUCAGCAUCCGGCACGUCUCCCCCUCCUCCCCUCACACUGUGUAAGCGUUUCUCACAUCCCUCCCUCAGCGGCUAUGGAGAAGCAAGCGGACGACCAAAACACGCAGACUUCUUCUCUCGCGGACAGCGUGAAGUUCGUUUGCCAGGUGUGAAGGAGAAGCAGCGGUUUGUCAGAAGCCAUGAACCCCGGGAUGCUUUUGGCACUCGGACUCUGUACAGCAUUUGGGUCCAGUAAACAGGAAGAAGAAGACUAUGAGGCUGUUCCCAUAAAUAAGACUUGGGUCUUAUCACCGAAGGUCUACGAGAGCGAGGUGACUUUGAUCCUGAACAAACUUCUGCAGGGCUAUGACAACAAACUGCGACCUGAUAUUGGAGUGAGGCCAACAGUGAUUGAAACAUCUGUGUACAUCAACAGCAUUGGACCAGUGGACCCCAUCAACAUGGAAUACACCAUUGACAUCUUCUUUGCCCAGACAUGGUAUGACAGCAGAUUGAAGUUCAACAGCUCAACAAAGCUGCUCAUGCUCAACAGUAACAUGGUAGGCAAAAUCUGGAUUCCUGACACGUUCUUCAGGAAUUCCCGCAAAUCUGACGCCCACUGGAUCACCACUCCCAAUCGUCUUCUGAGGCUGUGGAGUAACGGGAGAGUCAUGUACACGUUGAGGUUGACUAUUAAUGCGGAGUGUUACCUAAAGCUGCAUAACUUUCCAAUGGAUGAGCACUCGUGUCCACUGGAGUUUUCAAGCUAUGGUUAUCCCAAAAAUGAGAUCAAUUACCGGUGGCAGAGACGAGCAGUGGAGGUGGCAGACCAGCAGUACUGGAGACUUUACCAAUUUGCCUUUGUAGGGUUGAGAAACACCUCUCAUGUGGCGCACACCCAGUCAGGGGAAUAUGUAAUUAUGACAAUCUUUUUUGACCUGAGUCGGCGAAUGGGAUACUUCACCAUCCAGACAUACAUUCCCUGCAGCAUGAUUGUGGUCUUGUCUUGGGUCUCCUUUUGGAUCAACAAGGAUGCGGUUCCAGCCCGUACAUCUCUAGGUAUCACCACAGUGCUCACGAUGACAACUCUAAGCACCAUCUCAAGAAAGUCUCUUCCCAAGGUCUCCUAUGUGACUGCAAUGGACCUGUUUGUCUCCGUCUGCUUCAUUUUCACCUUUGCUGCACUUAUGGAGUAUGGAACUCUGCACUACUUCACCAGCAACAGACAAACCAAGAAGGGCAAAGCCAAUAACGUCACACAGCAGAAAUCUGUAAGCGUGUUAAAUACCCAUCCUGGCACCUCCUUGCUGCAGAUGACCAACAUUGUGCCCUAUGACGAGGAAGGGGACUCUGCCUACGAUUGUUUGGAUGGAAAAGACUGUACCAGCUUUUUCUGCUGCUUUGAUGACUGCCGCUCCGGUGCCUGGCGUGAAAACAGGAUGCAUGUGCGAGUUUCCAGGAUUGAUUUUUACUCACGGAUAUUGUUCCCCACCGCUUUUGGCUUUUUCAAUCUGGUUUAUUGGAUAAGUUAUCUGUAUCUAUAAAACUGGUUCCUAAAAGCAGGACAACUGGAGAUUAACAUCUGCAAGCACUGCACUGCUUUGCAAACAAAAAACCUGAAUAAAAGUCUAAAGCUAAAUUAUGACAAGGCCUUCUUUUACUCUGCAUUAGAUAUGCGACCUCGCCAAAAACUAACAUUGGUCAUAUUGCCCUUAAUUCCGCCUCACCCUUUGGUCAAGGGUCAGCCAUUGGUCAUGAAGGACAGUAUGAAUAUAGAUGGUAAGGAUUUAUUCACCUUUCUUCCAACACCAAAUUGCAUGUUUUUUUGACAUGACAAGGCAUCUAAAAAACUAAAAGCUGAAAGAUCCCAUUUUUUAGGGCUCUUGAAAAUAGCUUCAAUAACUUGAAAUGGGAAUCAUACCAUUGUGGCUCACAGCUGUAGGUAAUCUAUACAACUUAAUAUUACUCAAAUGCAUGUAACGAGAGAGAGAGAGAGAGAGAGACUGAUGAACUCAAUUCAUUUGUGUGCAGGAUUUCCAUCCAAUACAUACAUUAUAUAGACAUAACUCAAUCUAAGAACAUCUAUGCGAUAAGAUUAAAUUGUAUUAGUGCAACUCAUUUUGAUAAAAUACUUAUAAAACAUCAUUAUUUUAUUCCAAACAUUUUUUAUUUGAUCCCCUAUUAAGACACAUGAAACAUAACGUAGUUCAGGCGUUUUUAUUGAAGUCGGAACUGACCAUCCAAUAUUACAUAUAUUGUGUAUUUCAAUUAUUGACAAUGUAAAUGAAUAUCAACUUCAAAUUCAGGUCCAAACAUUCCUUACACUUCAACAUGCAUAAUCCUAAAAAGGAGAACAGGAUAAUUGUCAAACAUCCCACCAAGCAAAUGACAGUGAAAAGCAUUGAGCAUACAGCCUGUUACUUACUAUCAUACAGAGGUUUCCUCCAGAGCCUUGGUGAUGCUGAGCAAACCAUAAAAGAUGAGAUAUAUUAGAGAAGUGAAAUGCUGGAAUACUCCAAAUGUCACAGGGAAGUCCAUGCUUUAAAAAACGUACAGAUUAAACAUUUAUCAAUAUACCUUUUAGGACAAUACUGAAGGACCAUAUCAAAUAAAAAAGCAUUUCAAAAACAUUUUACUACAUGAUCUUAAUAAACUCUGUUUACUGUCGACCAGCGAAAUAUCCUAUUUUACAAAACUUUACCAUUAGCGAAUUACAUCCCUGAAUCCAUGAUCACAUGCAUCAGAUCUGGUUUAAGAAGCCACAAUUAACAGUAUGUUGACUCACACACAAAAACCAACAUUCUGGGAUUGCUGAGAUACUAUUGAAAUCGUAUCAUGACUGUAAUGUAUUAGAAAAUUGUAAAAUUGUAGAUUUUGGCUUUGACUUCAGUAACGUUUUUUGUUAUACAUUUAUUGAGAUGAAUAUACAGAAGUACUGUAUAAUAAGGCGUCAGUUAGGCGUUUGCCUUGUUUAAUUGACAGCGUCAGCGCCACAAUAACUCAAUCUCACUUCUCCCUGCACAGCAGCAGGGAGGAGAAAAGACCACAUGUAGAACAUGCAGCAAUGUGAUUCAAAAGAUGUUGACCGUAGAAUAAAUUACUCUAUAAUAGAUUUAGAAAAAGCAAAAAAAAGCUGUCCAUCAAGUAGGUGAGCCGAGAAAGUUUGCUGCCUGUGUAACAAACGGAUUAAUCGUGUUUAUAAUACACGUAGAUGAAAUCCAGUGUUCUGAUUGGUUGAGAGUGAGUCAUUAUUGAUGAGAGGGGGGGGACAGCCUCUUCAAAUCAACUUUCCAAAUCGGCUGGCGUCAAUGACAGGAUUCAGGCCUCUCCAAAACAUUUUGUAGCUGCUCCAGAGAAGUCCCCACUUCUGACCCAAGCAGCUCCCCAAGAAGGAAAACUUGUAACUUCUACCCCCUUGAAUAAAACGUCCGUGUUACAAGAGCACCAACAGUCCUCAUGAUCCCCAAUCGAUCCCUGCAACCGGACCGGUCGGUUAAACGAGACUGGAGGAAACACAGAAAGCCAUCAACGCACAGGAAGGCUAAGUCUGGGCAGAAGUUACAUUAGCAUGUGUCGUUAUUUGUGUUUUGGUGUUUACUGUCUUGUUGAACCAGAGAUUGUGUGUGUUUAUGAACUACUAUCGCGCCUCACUGUUCCGAAUAAGAUCUGCUUUGCUUUUUCCUUCUUUCUUUGAUUUCUAAUUUACUAACACACACACCCGUAGUUACCUGCAGACAGGUGUAACUAUGUGAGGAACACACGUGGUGAACACACACAGCCUGCUAAUACCUCAGCCAUGUGGUUGGUAGCUUAGCGUCCAGCUAGCUCCCUUCUUCGCAUUGACAUCUGAUUAGUAUUAUUGGAAGUUAAUAAAACCUGUUAUACUUUAA